AUGUCUUUCACCAAACAUCCGCAAUUGCCAUCAGUCACUAAUCAGAAAAAGAAGAGAAAGCGUCAACGGUUAUUUGCAAAAGAUAUAGAGAAUUUGCUAUAUGCGAUGGGUGAUCGACCCGUGAGUACCGAGGCCACUGUCAAUGCAUUAGAGGAUGUGUUGGUCGAAUACAUUUCACAAAUAUCGUAUUCGAUGGUAAACUUUGCAAAGAGUCAAAAUCGAACACGAGUCAAGUUGAAUGAUUUGGCAUUUACUUUAAGAAAUGAUCCUAUGAAAUUAGCUCGUUUCCGAUACAUUCUAGAGCAAAGUUAUAAAAUAGAGAAAGCGAAAAAGAUGUUUGAUGAUGAUAAAUAUGAUAAUAAAAACAAUGAUGAUGAAGAUGACGAGGACGAGGACGAGGAAGAGGUUGAUGAAGAGCACGAAGAACGUGAAAAUGGGCAGAACCUGAAAGAUAAUUCAAAUACUAGGAAUGAUUCAAAACAACUGAAAAAGAAAAAGAAGAAAAGCCAUACUUAA